AUGCGUGGCAGUUGGGUAACCUUAUUCUUAUUGGGAAUUGCCCCUGUGGCAACAUGCCGCAGCAGUUACCAUUAUCACCGUGAGCCUCGGAUCUUGCUUGAUCGAGUAGGCUGGUUUAAGGGAAGGUUCGAACAAGAAUGCAGCGCCAACGAUGACUGUGUCUCCCUAUGCCAUGAUCACAACUGUAUAUGGUUAAGCAAGGAGGAGGCAGAGUAUAGUGGCAAGUAUAUCGAGCGUUUCAUGUUUCAUUUGCAAGAACGUCAUUACUACUCCCGCUAUCGCGACGCUGAGGACUCUAGAGAUGGCAAGCUUAGUUCUUACGCCCCUGGGGUAUGCAAAAGCGGUACCUGCCAUCGGAGUUGUAGCCCACGAUGUCCCGAUUUUGAAUUCUGCUCCCUCUCAGAUGGGUUAUGCAAGCCUCCACAACCCGACGGAGCGACCUGCACUAAGGGCAACGAGUGUGAGGCCUUCUGUGUCGAUGGGGUCUGCAAGGGGAGAGAACUCGGGGGUGCUUGCGAGCACAGCAAGCAGUGUGAUUCGAGAUUUUGCUUAGGGGGCAUAUGCCGUCCCGAUGAUUUAGAGGAAGGAGAUGAGUGCGACACUCACUGGGUAUGUGCAUCCAACGCCUGCCACAAUAAUCGUUGCGUCCCAGGGGAUCUCAGCGAUUAUGAGCAGUGCCAUAUCCCCGAGCAGUGCGCGUCGGGGUACUGCCCGGGUGAGUGUCGGCCCAUGGACGUGGAAGAUGGCGGCCGGUGUCACGCGGGGAUGCAGUGCAAAUCCAGACUCUGUCUACAGGGCACGUGCGGGAAGAAGGGCGUCAGCGAUAGUGGAAGCUGUCGGGACGAUGGAGAGUGUGCGAGUUACAAGUGCAUUCACGGGAAAUGUGCGAACAAGAGGUUGAACUACAACGACCGCUGUAACAAGGACAGCGAAUGCGAAACCGGCUACUGCAAGAAUAGCAAAUGUGCUAUAUCAAUCGGCCAGUCUUGGAUGGUGAUCCCUGGGGUUACAUCCUACGCCCGCUCACCUCGGGAAUUUGCAGCGGUCUUUGCAGUGCGAAUUAUGAAUCCAAAGACUGCCAAGCAUGCAUUGCACAAGGAGAGGUUUCAAGAUAUUGAUUCUCAGGCCAAUGUAUACUACUGCAAACGCUUACGACGGCCGUUACCCGGGUUAGCCAAGGAUUAA